AUAAACAUAUUUAUAAGAAUCCGAGUGACGACAUUACAAAAAAAAAAAAGUAACAUAUAGGGCAAUUGGAAAUUCUCGACAAAAAAGUGAAUUUGAGUUUAAUGGCGUAAAUUGAGAAACCAAAGUAUUUCUCAUGCGCAACUAAACAACAAUAACAAACACAAAGAUACAUACAGAGUAGACAGUGAUUCGGAAAUUCAAAAUUACACACAUUAAAGAAUUUUGGAAUUGGACUGGCAGCCGAAGGACCAAAUAGCGCCCCCACCCAGCAAUUAAAACACUAAGCUAACAAAAUGAAUGUGCUACUGCUGCCCAAAGGAUCGCAACUGAAGUCGAAUUAUGCGGUCCAUAACAUCUAUAAGCGCUAUCUCAGAACGAGCCACAAUGCGUAUUAUACAACGAGAAAAGUCCAGCACAAAGCGGAGGAGUCAGUUUCUUCACAGUCAUGGAACUUCCGGCAAAGGAGAACGUUUGCUGGCUACUCACUGAGCACCAGCCCGCGUAAUUAUUAUCAAUCAAAUCAGCUAUGCAGUAUUGGCUUGCGGCAUAUUCAUAUCGAUAGCCCACUGUUUGAUUCGAGCUCAAAGAUUGAUGCCACUGUGAAGAAACUGAAGAAUCAGCAAAAGGAGAAGGUCGAGGAGAUCAUGAAGGAGGUGGCCAAUGGACAGGCUACUAAAGGUACUGGGUCGGCUACCUCGGUGGCCUCCACGAUUCUCGACAGUACCGCUGUAGACCCAAGCACAACAGCAAAAGCAACAGCCUCUGGCACUAAGACGGCUGCUGAACAAACAGAGGCUACAUCCAAAGCUGUGGCCAAACCGAAAAAGCCGCUUCGUCAACGUAUUUGGGAUGAACUGGUACAUUAUUAUCAUGGAUUUCGGUUAUUAUUUAUUGAUACCGCCAUUAGCUCAAAGCUGGUUUGGAAGGUUCUCAACGGCAAGACACUGACGCGCCGCGAAAAUAAACAGCUGCAGCGCACAACCUCGGAUCUAUUCCGAUUGAUACCGUUCUCAGUGUUCAUUGUGGUACCAUUUAUGGAACUGCUUUUGCCGCUGUUUAUUAAAUUCUUUCCGGGAAUGCUGCCAUCCACAUUUCAAACGGCCAAGGACCGCCAGGAGCGUCUAAGACAGUCGCUGACUGUACGUUUAGAGGUUGCUAAAUUCUUGCAGAAAACUCUCGGCCAAAUGCCUGUCCAGCACAAGGAACAUAGCAGCGAGGAAGCCAAACAGUUUGAGGCAUUCUUUCGAAAGAUUCGUGAUCCCUCAGAGCAUGUGAGCACCGAUGAGAUAAUCAAGUUUGCCAAACGUUUCGAUGAUGAGAUCACUCUGGAUUCGCUCAGCCGAGAGCAGCUAGCUGCGCUCUGCCGCGUACUGGAGCUGAAUACGAUUGGCACAACGACCUUAUUGCGCUUUCAACUGCGUCUUAAGCUUCGCUCUUUGGCUACCGACGAUCGUGUUAUAUCGCGCGAAGGUGUCGACUCGCUCGAUCUGUUCGAGUUGCAGCAGGCGUGCAAGGCACGUGGCAUGCGUGCCUAUGGCUUAACGGCGGAGCGCUUGCGAUUCCAAUUGAAGGAAUGGAUUGAUUUAUCGCUAAAUGAACAGGUACCGCCUACGCUUUUGUUAUUAUCACGUGCGAUGCUCAUCUCUGAUGACAGCAUUACAACUGAUAAGCUUAAGGAAACAAUGCGUGUGCUACCGGAUGCUGUAGCAGCACAUACACGUCAUGCGAUUGGCGAGCGUGAGGGCAAGGUAGAUAACAAGACAAAGAUUGAGAUCAUUAAGGAGGAGGAACGUAAGAUUCGUGAAGAACGUGAAGAAGAGCACGAGGAGACGCGGCGCACCGCCAUCACGGAGGACUCUGCACCUCCUUUUAUCUACACAGAGGAAAUUAAUAAAAAGUCCCAUUUGGAUAAGAAUCUGGAGGCAUUGGAUGAGAAAACCAUUUCGCCGACAGAUGUGCAAUUGCUUUCUGAUGCAUUGAAAACGCUUUCAUCUGACAAGCAGCUUGUCGUGGAGAAGGAGACGAUUAAAGAGCUUAAAGAGGAGCUGCGUGAUUAUCAAGAAGAUGUGGAGGAAUUGCGUGAAGUGCGCCAAGUGGUCAAGGAACCGGUGCGCGAGAGUCGAGCUGCCAAGCUGCUCUACAAUCGCGUUAACAAAAUGAUCUCGCAGCUGGACAACGUCCUUCAUGAUUUAGAACAUCGUCAGCAACAGAUUAAGCAAGUAGAUACCCCGGAUGGCUUACCCACAUCCACAGCCAAUCCCAGCCAAUCAGUGCACAUAGACGAGCUGGUAUCUACAAUCCGACGCAUGAAGGAGGCUUCCGAUGAGGAGAGGUUCAAAGUUGUUGAAGAUUUGCUAGUUAAACUGGAUGCUGACAAGGACGGUGCCGUUUCGGUUCAAGAGAUAACCAAAGUGGUACAAAGCAUUGACAGUGCGGCAACCAAAAUCGACAAGGAACAGCUCGAGGAAUUCACAGAGCUGCUCACUAAGCAAGCAGUGAAGCGACGUAAUGAGGAAAUUGUCCAUAUUGACGAUCUUAUGAUGAAUAUCAAGAAGCUGAAGGAGACCAGCGAUGAGGCCCGUAUCAAGCACAUCGAAAGUGUGCUAGAUAAGUUUGAUGCAGACAAAGAUGGUGUCGUUACUUUCAACGAUAUACGCAAGGUGUUGGAGUCCAUUGGUCGCGAUAAUAUUAAACUUAGCGAUGAUGCCAUUGGAGAGCUCAUUGCUCUGCUGGACAAGGAACAAAUACUGGAGGCAGAGCAGAAGAUCGAGAAAGCAAUUGCGAAGAGCAUGAAGGAAGCGGAAAAACUUAAAUUAGAGGUCGAGAAAACGGACAAGGAUAUGGCAAAAUUGGUCGAUGGUAUACAUGAUUCGGCAAAAGAGAUACGAGACAUAGCCACAGAACUAGGAGCAAUGGAGCAGGACAGGGCAGUGCCCCAAAAGUCGGAACCUGAUUUGAAGGAUCCGGCUAAAAUCUUAAAAGACAAUGCGAAGGAAUUAGAUGAUUUGUUGCACAAAUGCCCACCGAACAAAAAAAGGGGCCAGGACUCGCCACAAUCGCCGCCCAAAACUAACGGAUCCGGUGGAAAUAAAAACAACUGUAAGAAGGCCAGCGAUACCGAUAAAUCAAUUCCCAAGAUAGCGAUGCGUAAGGCAGCUGAAAUUCAGAUAGAAAAGCUAUUGCCCCACAAUGAUAUUGAUAUGCCACCAACGAUACCCACACCGAGCCAGUCAAAAGUCGCUACCUCACCAAAAGCGGCCGCUAAUGGCAUUGUCGGAACCCCCAAGAAAUUGAUUUGACCGGCUGAGCCAAAGGCGACGGCAUCAAAUGAAGAAUACCCAGAACAUUCACCUAGGG